UCUCAAACUUAUUAAAUUAUGAAACAUGUGCUGCACCUGAGUGCACCUUGGUCUCCCGUGGUGAUUGGAGGGGUGAGGAGAGACGUCUGGAAGCCCCACCCUCCCCAGAGCCAGCCCAGCCCAGGAUCCCUCUCUUUCUCUCUUCCUUUUGGCAGACAGUGAAGACGUUAAUCUCUUUCAGCGGAAGCAGGUUCCCUUCGUUUCUGUCCUGAGAGGAGGCCUAACAGGAGCGGACCCCAGGUCACCAUGAGCUCUGCCAUCACCGGCUGGGAGCACCCCGACCCUCUGCAGAGGGCGGACGACGGGCUCAACUGUCACCAUGAUGGCCAAGGCGGGAAGAAGGCCAGGCAGGCCGGGAGCUCCAGCAGCAGCCAACCAACCUAUAGCGUCCUGGAUGUCCCACCGUGGUACCUCUGCAUUCUCUUGGGCAUCCAGCACUUCCUCACGGCCCUGGGGGGACUCGUGGCAGUGCCACUCAUCCUGGCCAAGGACCUGUGCCUGCAGCAUGACCCCCUGACUCAGAGCUACCUCAUCAGCACCAUUUUCUUCGUCUCUGGCCUCUGCACUCUCCUGCAAGUGUUUUUAGGAGUCAGGCUGCCCAUUCUCCAGGGAGGGACAUUUGCUUUCGUGGCACCCUCCCUAGCCAUGCUCUCCCUUCCUGCUUGGAAGUGCCCUGAGUGGACAUUCAAUGCCAGUCUGGUGAACACCAGCUCUCCUGAGUUCACCGAGGAAUGGCAGAAGAGGAUCCGAGAGUUGCAGGGUGCCAUUAUGGUUGCAUCCUGUGUCCAGAUGCUAGUAGGAUUCUCAGGCCUCAUUGGGUUUCUCAUGCGCUUCAUUGGCCCCUUGACCAUCGCUCCGACAAUCUCCUUGGUGGCCUUGCCUCUCUUUGAUUCUGCAGGCAGUAACGCUGGGGUCCACUGGGGGAUUGCUGCCAUGACCAUCUUCCUCAUCGUACUGUUUUCUCAGUACCUGAAAAACGUCGCAGUACCUGUGCCGGUUUGUGGAGGAAAGAAGUGCCACACGUCUAAGUUCUACCUGUUUCAGGUCUUCCCGGUGCUGCUGGCGCUCUGCCUCUCGUGGCUUCUCUGCUUCGUGCUCACGGUCACCAACGCCCUUCCCACAGCCCCCACGGCCUAUGGGCACCUGGCCCGCACUGACACCAAAGGCAAUGUGCUGAGCCAGGCUCCUUGGUUUCGCUUCCCUUACCCAGGACAGUGGGGUCUCCCCACCAUCAGCCUGGCCGGGGUCUUUGGGAUCAUUGCAGGGGUAAUCUCCUCGAUGGUGGAGUCCGUAGGCGAUUAUUAUGCCUGUGCCCGGCUGGUGGGGGCCCCCCCACCUCCGAGGCACGCUGUCAACCGUGGCAUUGGCAUCGAGGGUCUCGGCUGUCUGCUGGCGGGGGCCUGGGGGACAGGGAACGGCACCACCUCCUACAGCGAGAACGUCGGGGCGCUGGGCAUCACCAGGGUGGGGAGCAGAAUGGUGAUGGUCGCUGCCGGCUGCUUGCUGCUGGUGAUGGGCGUAUUCGGGAAGAUAGGGGCUGCCUUUGCCACCAUCCCGACCCCAGUGAUCGGAGGCAUGUUCCUGGUGAUGUUCGGGGUCAUCACUGCUGUGGGGAUCUCCAAUCUUCAGUAUGUGGACAUGAACUCAUCCAGAAACCUCUUUAUCUUUGGCUUCUCCAUCUACUGUGGGCUCGCCAUUCCCAGCUGGGUGAACAACAAUGCUGAGAAGCUCCAGACAGGGAUUCUCCAACUGGACCAGGUCAUCCAGGUGCUGCUGACCACGGGCAUGUUUGUUGGUGGAUUUCUGGGCUUUUUCCUGGACAACACCAUCCCCGUGCACCUGCAUUCUAGAAACAAAGCGUGGAAAGACCCGCCCUUUGCCGGUGAGGCAAGGAUGGUGCUCGUAGAAGAUUGUUCCCUCCCGCAGCGGGAGCUCAGGGAACGCCCCUGCGAUGGGACUCUGGAUGGACCAGGAAGAGAAGGAAGCCUGGAGGAGAGAGGCCUCCUGGUGUGGAAUCAGAUGCAGGAGGACUCCGAGGAGACUGCAAAGGCCUUGGAGGUGUACCGCCUGCCCUGCGGGAUCGGCACCAAGGUCUGCACGUCCUCCUGCACCCAGUACCUCCCCUUCUGGCCCAGGCUGGGAGCCGGGAGCCGGGAGCGGGGCCGGAACCUGCUGGCCCGCCUCUUCCAGGACCCCUCUGGAGCGCGCGGGAAGGGCGCCUCUGAAACCAAGCUGUGACAAGAAUGUCCUCACGCCUGUCCCAACGUGCUCUUCACCCCCCUCCCCAACCUCAGGAGCUCAUCUGCAUGGCGAGGAGGGGUGGGCACCCUGCACGCAGGGCAGCCAGAUGAGUACUGAUUAUGGCCAUGAGGAGGGUGCUGCUUUGAUACACUUGGACGCCACAGCCUUCCACAUGCUCCAGCGAAAACCAGGCCCCCACCUCCAGCGUCAGCCCGUGUGACCCAGGGUUCGCCCAGAUGCGCUGGGCCCACACGUUCUCGGUCAUACUUUGAUGCCUUGGGACCAAGAGGCCUAGGGUGGCAGAGGGGACGGAGGUGGGGCUGUCUGCUGGAAGGCACCAGGAACAGUUGUCUUCGAGCCCCUCUUGUCCUCCUCUCCCUGGCACCUGCCCCUGGAGUCUGGCGCCUCAGGAGAGAUGAGGAGGACCCCCUGUUCCCCCAGCGCCUGCUCUGACCUCCUGGUGCUCCAGGCCGCCCCUGGCUCAAGCUGUUUGUGAUGGAAGGUUCUUAACGUGCACGUUCUUGGAAUCGAGUGCCCGGACUCUGGCUUAGGCUUUGCCUGCUCGUGCAGGCUGCCAAGGAAUCAGAACCCACUCCACCAAAUGGCCUCCCUCAAGAGUGCAGCAUGAACUCCUGCCUGAGUUUCCAGCUGUCUGGUCUGCCCUGCAAAUUUCAGAUUUGCUGUCUCCACCAUUAAUACUUAAACUGAUACCUACCCCCGUACCCUUACCUGUCCUCUGGGGUCUGUUUCUCUGACAGGUAGGUGCUGACUCAUACAGGACGAUAUCAUCAGUCAAGACAAAGGAAGAUACCUUUGUAGGAAGAGGCCUCGGUGGGGAGGACGGCAGGGCAAGGCCCAUCGGAGGGGAUGUUAAAGCGACACAGACGUCCUGGGCUGCACCACAGCCAGUGAUCCCUGCGGGUGGGGAGCAGAGGGAUGUUGGAUCUGAAGAGUGGAGGCAGGGACACUCCUAGCACAUGGCCACGGGGAGAAAGGACACAGCAUUCCCCUGAGGUCUGCCCUGGCCAGGGUCCGCUGCCACACAAUGCUCCAGGACUGAGGGCUGCACCGGAGUGGGUGGGGGCCACUUGGAGAUGGCACGUGUUCCUUGAGGACCUACUCUGUGCAGGCACCUCUGUAAAGGCUGAUUUCUCCUUUCCCACAUACUGGAUUGUCCUUGACCUUGUCCUUGGGGGCCUGGACGGGGGCAGGUGUGAGUGCUCCUCUCCCCUUCCUUCCCAGCACCCGUGUGGGCGACCCCGGGGGUAAAGGCCUGCCCGCGCCUCCUUUGGGUUGUUCAUCAACAGUGGUGUGCUGCCUACAGUC